AUGGUUCUCGGAUCUCUUCUCCCCCUCCUCGUAGCAGCUGCCUUUGUUGCGCCAGCCACGUCCCUCACGCCCGCAGGAUGGAGAGCCCAGAGCAUUUACCAGGUCAUGACUGACCGGUUUGCUCGAACGGAUUUGUCGACCACUGCAUCUUGUGAUUCCUCCAAAGGAGUCUACUGUGGUGGCACAUGGAAGGGUUUGAUCAGCAAGUUGGAUUACAUCCAGGGGAUGGGCUUCACAGCAAUAUGGAUUUCGCCCUUUGUCGAGCAGAUAUCUGGUGACACUACCGACGGCUCGUCGUACCAUGGCUACUGGGCACAGGACAUGUACGCAGUCAACUCAGCCUUCGGCACAUCUGAUGACCUCGUCUCGCUUUCUGCUGCUCUCCACAGUCGGGGAAUGUACCUGAUGUUGGACGUCGUCACAAAUCACUACGCGUGGAACGGUUGCAGUAGCUGUGUUGACUACAGCACCUACGAGCCCUUCAACUCCAAGUCAUAUUUCCACGACCCAUGCUCCAUCGACUACAAUAAUCAGACCUCGAUCCAGGUAUGCUGGCAAGGCAGUGAAGUCGUGUCACUCCCUGACCUGCGCACUGAGGACAGCUACGUCAGGGACACCCUCAAUAGUUGGAUCAAGGAUGUCGUGGCCACCUACAAGAUCGAUGGAAUUCGGCUUGAUAGCGCCAAGCAUGUCGACAAUACCCACUUGUCCAGCUUUGAGGACGCAUCCGGUGUCUACAUCGUUGGCGAAGUGUUCAAUGGUGACCCAUCCUAUGUCAUGCCUUACCAGCAGUACAUCAGUGGAUUGGUAAACUACCCUGCGUUCUACUGGAUCACCCGAGCCUUUUCAUCGACCUCCGGCAGCAUAUCAGACCUAGCCAAUGGCAUCAAUACCAUGAAGAGUCAGGCAGCCGAUCUGAGCCUGUACGGCUCAUUCCUGGAGAACCACGACAAUGCCCGCUUCCCCUCCCUCACCAGCGACAUGAGCCUCGCCAAGAGCGCGAUCGCAUUCACGAUGCUCAUGGAUGGCAUCCCGAUCAUAUAUGAGGGCCAAGAGCAACACUACCGUGGCGGCGAUACCCCCAACAACAGGGAGGCCAUCUGGCUGUCUGGCUACUCCACCUCUUCAGAGCUGUACAAGUGGAUCACCGAUCUGAACGCCAUUCGCAAGCUGGCCAUCUCAAAGGACUCAUCAUACCUGGACUACUCGGCCUGGCCAAUCUACACGGACACCCACACCAUCGGCAUGCGCAAGGGGAGCACCGGAAGCCAGGUCGUCGGCGUGUACAGCAACGUCGGCUCGGGCUCGAGUACGACAGUGACGCUCACGGGUGCGAACACGGGUUUCACUUCUGGCCAGGCGCUGACGGACGUGAUGAGCUGCACUUCUUUCACCGCCGGUUCGAGCGGGAACCUGGCCGUGACCAUUAGCGGCGGUGUUCCGAGGGUGUUCUACCCUACCGCACAGCUCAGUGGGAGUGGCAUCUGUGGAGGAGGAUCAGCCACGCCGACCGCCACGACAACCGCACCGGGAUGUACCGCCACGUCUGUCCCCGUCACCUUCAACGAGCUCGUGACAACCUCCUACGGGACGACGAUCAAGUUAUCCGGCGACGUCGCAGCCCUAGGGAGCUGGGACACCAGCAAAGCUGUCGCGCUAGGCGCCUCCAAGUACACCGCCAGCAGCCCGCUGUGGGAUGUCACCGUCAACCUCGCGCCGGGAAGCGUGGCCAAGUACAAGUUCAUCAAGGUCGCUGGGUCGACUGUCACCUGGGAGGCUGACCCGAAUCACACCCUGACUGUGCCCUGCUCUGCUACUACCGUGGCGUCAAGCUGGCAGACUUAA